UUAUUAACUAUGAAAGAAAAUGACAAAAUGUGCAAAGCUUACAUGUCUUGUAUUGGUCAUGAAUCGUGAUUAUUUUAUGCUUUCGAAAUAGCUAUAUAUCUUUUGAUUGUGAAAAUGUAAACAUCUGUAUCAUCGACUACAAAUGUGAGAAAAUUUUCUUGAAAAUUUUUAGAGAGGACAAGAGAACGUACUAUAUGUAUAAUUAUAUAGAAAAAAGAGAGAAAUAAUGAGAGAGAGAAUUUAUUGUGACAACACUUAUGAACCAACUUACUACAUGAAAUGAAUAUUAAAGUUCGAAAGUAAAAUUUUUUAAUAUAAUUUCAUAUCAGAAUAUAAUGAAAACGAUGAUAAUAAUUAUUUAACUAGUUUUGAAAACUUUUAAUCAAAAUUAUAUUUAAAAUUAAUUGGUACAUCAAUUAGUUUACACAUUUAUUAAUGAAAGAAAAUUUUAUUUUAAUAUUUAAAACAAUAUAUACGAAAUGAGAAAUUCCUCAUCAAUAAACGCCGAUCGCAUGCAUGCAUAAAAUGAGACGAAGCUUAAAACGAGAACAAGCCGAAUCAUACUUACAAUGCCUCACAUUUUAAAGGAAAUUUCAUUUUUCUCGUCCGUUUCUCAUUCAGUUGCUGUUUUUGCUUGAAUCAACUUGAUUUUUUAAGUGAAAAAAAAAACAGUGAUUGAAUCAUCCGAGAACAGUAAAAAUCAGAAAAAGAAGAGAAAAUAUUAUAGAACGGUGAUUUGGAUUGACAAACAAAAAGUUAAUAUCAAAACAAACAGUAACAAUAAACAAUAAAGAGCAAAUAAAAAAAGUAAGAUGUCAUCCAUAGAAGUGGUUAAAGAAAAAUCAAAGAAAAAUAAGCAAAAGGUAGAACAGCAGCAAAGCGUGAGUAAUGAAAUUACAAAUGGAUGUGAUUUUAAGGAUAACAAAACUAUUAAUUCGCAAAUAUUAAGUUAUAAAAAUGUUCCUGAAACUAAUAUUAAAGACUGUCAAGUUGAUGUGUGUAUUGAACCCUUAUUAAUACAAGAUUGUGUGGAUGUUUCUAAUCAAGCUAAUGAAACUAAUGAAGUAUUUAGUGACGUAAUCGAAAACCCUAUAAGUGUUUGUGACAUCAUUCUUACUAAAAGUGAUAUUUGUAAAACUGUUAUUAUUGAUGAUAAUGAAGAAAAUUCGGCGCUAAUUUAUAGUGGCAGAGAUUCCAUGAAAAAUAAUUUUAAAUUAUUAAAUUUAAAUGAAAAGCCAGAAUCAUUGAAUCAGUCAAAAAAUAAAAAGUUUCUUGAAUCAGAUGAUCAGAUUAUGAAUCAAAUAUUUUUUCAAACCAUCGCUAUCACGCCAACAACCGAUGAAGAUAUACUAAUUAAUAGUAAACCUUUGAACGAUAAUUCUGCAUCUUUUAAGGAAACUAAAAGUGAUUUAAAUAUUGAGCCAGUGAAUUUUUUUAGUUCUAAAUUUGAAGAAGAUGAGACAUUUAAUCAUAAUUAUGUAGACUCCGUAGAAAUGGAACGAGAAAAUUUAUGUUCGUUGUCAUUUUCGUCAAUUGACUAUAACACAGCUAAUAUUCAACUUAUUCAGGAAAACCAAGCGGAUUACCGGUCACCAGAGAAUGAAAUGCUUCAACCUGAGACAUUGUACUGUAAAAAUGCUGAUCAAAUGCUUAAACAAAGACCAUCAAUUUUAAUUGACUGUUAUGAUUCUGAUUCAAAAACUGAGGAGGAAAAUGUUGUAUCUGCAGAAAAGAAAGUCAAUGACUAUUGUUUUUAUUUUGAUCAAACUAUAGAAGAAGACGAUGAUGGCGUAAGCUUUAACAUUGAUAAUACAGUUUCAACGAAUAAAAUCGAUAAAAACCAAACUGUCGAUGAAAGAGCAAAAGUGCAAGAAAAAGUUGAUUUAAAAGAUACCUGCUUUCAAAUUGAAGAAGAUGAAAGCGAAAUUGAUGUUGAUAGUGAAGGCGUACUGAACGAAAGUUGCUCUAGUCUAAAUUCACCAGCUGAAAACAUCGAUUCGGAAUCAACAGCUGUUAAAAAGACUGUCAAAAAGUCCGUUAAAACUACGAAAACAACAUCCAAAAAAUCAUCGAAAAUUAUUUCUGUGACAGAAUCAUCAGCUGUUAUUAUUUCUUCAGAAAACGAAAAUUUCGACAAUCAUUUUAAAAAAAUGUAUAAAGAUAAUAAAAAUGAUGCUGAUGAUAUUAAUGAACAGCAAUUACAAAAUCUAGCUAUCAAUAGUUUGUCUACCAAAAAUGAACUUUCGGAACAAAUAAUUCAGAAAAGAAACAUCGAUGAAAUUCAACAACAGAUGGUGGAAAUUGAUACCAAUGAUAUCGAAAAAAGAAAGAGUAUCAAGAAAAAAACAAAAAAGAAGAAAUCUGAUUCAGAGAAAGAAAAUAUUUCAGUGAAAUCUAGUUUCAGUAAAUUCGAUGCAUUGCAAAAGAAAAAUUUGCAAUCAUUACAAAACGAAAGAGGUGGUGAGAAUGGAUUAAGCCCUGAUGGUGAAAAGAAAUGCCAUGCAUGUGAAAAAGUUGUCUUUCAAAUGGAACAGAUCAAAGCUGAAAAGAAGUUCUGGCAUCGUGCAUGCUUUCGUUGCGUAGAGUGCAGCAAACAGUUAAAUGUUGACACUUAUCAAAGUCAUGAAGGCAUUCUCUAUUGCAAACCACACUUUAAAAUAUUAUUUUUGCCAAAAAUGGUGGAAGAUAAUAAUGAGCCAGUCAAAAUCAAAAAACAUGAGAUGAUCAUUUUAGAAAAUCAACCAAUAGAACUUCCACCUGAUGUUAUUCGUUCAUCGGAUAAAACUGAUUUAGGUUUAGAAGAGUUGCAUCAAAUAAAUUUACGUCAAAGGUUUCAGCUAUUUGAAAAUGCGGGUCAACAAGAAUCAAAAGUGGAGUUAGACAAGGGAAAUAAUGUUAAACGAAGCACAUCAAUUCUAUCAAAGUUAGCACGAUUUCAAGCAAAAGGAAUGGAUGUUGGAGUUGUAGAUGAUAGCCUUAAUGGGAUAAGCUAUGAAAACUCUUCUACGGAGGACGAAGAUGAAUUAGAUGAUGAAAAUCAUGAAGACAUUGAGUUGAUUCGUGCAAAACGAGCUCAAAAAGAAAAACCAAUUUCAUUUAAAGAGAUGUAUGAUAUUAAAUUUAAAUUUGAAAGUGGCCAAUUGAUGAGUAAAGAGGAGCGCCGUGAAGAGCGAAAACAAGAAUUACAAAAUAUUCGUUCACGUCUUUUUUUGGGUAAACAAGCAAAAAUUAAGGAAAUGUAUCAGCAAGCAGUGGCUGAAAGUGAACUAACAAUUACUUCUAGCAGUAAAAAGUCAGAUGUAGAAAUUGGUGAUAAAGCAAAAUCAAUCAAGGAAAAAUUUGAAAAAGGAGAAAUUUACGACGAAACUGAUAUGAAAAAAUCUCUUAAAGAAGAGGAAAUGGCAGUAUUUGAAAAGGGUAUAAGCAAACAAUCUCGUUCACUAUUUCUUGAGUUGGAUGCAACUGCUUCUAAAUCACCAAAUCAAGAAUCUUCACCAUCCGCAAAUUUGAAAUCAAUAACUCGACAAACUCCGCGGCAAAACUCUCAAUCAACUGUAGCAGAAGAAGAUAUAGUCCGUUCUGAUCAAAAAGCUGAUGAUGUUCGAAUUGAAACUGCAGAUAUUUUAUCGAAGUUUAAAUUUUUUGAAGCAUAUCAACCACCAGAAAAAGAAAAAAAGUCUUUUAGAAUAACACCACCCAGAGAUUAUCAAGGGCUGACAAAGCUUUCAUCACCUGAAAAAGAAGACUAUCGUGAUCUUGAGAUUGCUCGAAAUGACAAGCGUUCAACUGAUCAAGAUGAAAUUCUAGAAUUUCAAAAAACAACAUCUAAAGUUCUUUCAAUGUUUCGUCAAAUGGAAGAAAAUAAAGAAGAAAAGUCAUAUGGACCAAAGCCUUUAAAGCGAUUUACACCACCACCGGAAAGUGAAAGGGACAAAUAUGUAACAAAUGAUGAUUCAGGGCCUGAUUAUAGUGAUGAAGAUGAAGAAUAUUCGGAAGAAGAAUCUGAAGAGGAAUCAAACUGCAUAAAGUCUUCUCAAAAAGAUUUAGAUGAAUUCUUAAAAACAGAACAAUCAGUUGAACGUGCCAAAAAACUCCGUGAAAAGUUUGAAAAGUGGGAAGAAAAUGAAAUUAAAAAGGAAAUGAAUAAUAGUUCAGUUAAUUUGUUUGACGAAGCACAGGAUGAAGGACAAAUGGAAACUGCUAAAAGCUUAAGAGCUCGUUUUGAGCAAAUGCAAAAUGAUGAACCUAAAUUACCACCAAUUCGACCAAAAGUUAAUCGUUUUGUGUAAUUAAUAUACGCUAUUAAAUUUAGCCUUAAAUCAUAUACAACUUUAUAUGUGGAUAGUAAGAAAAUUGAUGAAAAAUCAUCAACAUUAAAAUAAAUUAAUAACUGAUCACUUUUUUAUAACUUAUAAAUUUCCAUUAUGCACAUUAAAAAAACAGUUACAAAAUUUCUAAACUUAACUUUUCACAAUAUUCUGAGGAUUCAUAAAAGAAUAAAUAUAAUCUGGACCAAGAUUUAUGAACGUUUUAUUAAAUGUACCAUUUUUAUAGCGUUUCUCAAAAUAACAUUUAAAUUUUAUGAGCAAUUUUUUUUAUUUUAAUCCUACAAUCGUUUUUUAACGUAUCAUCAAUUUUGAUUAUCCUAUUAACUUUUUUGUUAUUAAUAAAGGAUUGUAUCGUAGGAUUUGAAAAACUGCAUUUUGUAAAAACAACAACUUUAAGCAACAGUUACUAAAUUUAAAUUUUUUAUAUGGUUCAGUCAAUAUAUAAUGCAGGGUUGAUUUAUUUGAAUUAAAAGCCAACCUUUUUUGAUCAUUAAUUUAAAAAAUAAAAUGAUAAAGAAAUAUUUCAAAGUAAUUUAUUAAUAAAAAUUUUCCUUUAAAAUUAUGAUAUUAUUAUACAGAAGUAUAUCAAUGUAAAAGUAUCAAAUCACCAAAAAUAAAAACUGCUUGGUGAUUUUCUUCUAGAAGGUAUAUUUUCAUAGUAUUUAUUCCUGUAUACAAAAAAGGAACAAUCUUUUGAUAUUUUUUCUUAGUUUAAUUCUUGAACGAAAUAAAGUAAAAAUUUGCUCUAUUUAUUUUUUUAAAUUUGAUAAAAAUAUCAGAGAUCGAAGCCGAUUUUUUCGGCUUAACUCAAUUUUUGAUUUUUUUGAUAGAAAAGAGCCAUUUAACUACCAUUUUAAGUAUUUAAAUUGAACUUUACAUGCUUUACUAUGAUUCUGCGAAAUAUUUUGUCAGCAUGUAGCUAUAGUAAGCUCAGAAUUUCAAGUUAGCGAUCGGCUUAAAUUUCGGCUUAACAUUCUCAAACUUUAAAUUCUGAGCUUACUUUAGCUACAUGCUGACAGAAUAGUUCGCAGAAUCAUAGUAAAGCACGUAAUAUUCAAUUUAAUUACUUGAAAUGGGUGUCAAAUGGCUUUUUUCGAUCAAGAAAAUCAAAAAUUGAGUUAAGUUGAAAAAAUCGGCUUCGAUCUCUGAAAAAUAUUUUAGUUUCAGAGCUUAUUUUCGUCCGAUCAUACACUAUGGGCCAGAAAUCGAAAACUUUUCCAAAAAUUUGUUUUGUGGUCUAAAUGAUAGCUUUUUCAUUCCCAUUUAUGAAAAUACUUCCAAAAGUGGCCAAAUGGGUCAAAGUUCUGAGAUGUGGCUUUUCAAAGUUUCGACGAAGAGCAUUUUCUCGAACCAUUAAAACUAUUACUACAAUUCACUGGAUUGAUGAAACUCUUUAAGAUAAUAAACAUUUAAUUAUGCAUCGUUUAACUUUAUAAAUUUUAAGGUUUUGUUUAAAAAAUUACGUGUUCAGUAUGAUUAUGUUCGUCUAG